AUCAAUCUUUUUUUGAAUAUUGGCAAACAUAGGAUGUUAUGUAGUUUAUGUUAAGUUCUUAAAAAUGUUCUAUGUUUUUUUAAUAACCAUUCUGUGGAGGAGUAUCACGAUAGAUCAAAAAAUUAAAAUGUAAUUAACCGUUUUGAUAUUCGCCUGUACAGUAAUGCAGCCGUUGCCAUCAGGGGCAUAUGUGGGUUUGGUGAAAAGGGAGGGGGGUGUUUUUGUAAUAUACUUCCCCCCCACUCCAACCUAAAAUCCUAAAAAAAUUCUAUCCUUCCCACCAACAAAAGGAAAGAAUUCGAAAGCAAAUGUGGGUGAAGUGGUUCUAGCCACACCCCACCCUGAAAUUCAAUUCUUUGUAUGUCCCUGGCUACGAUGCGCGAGUAUCUAUUGUGCUUGCAGACAGCUUGCCUCAAUGAUAACAGGGACCUUUAAAUCAGAACCUGUCGUGUAGCAACAGGUAUCAUGUGACAUAACAAAAGAUUAUUACUGCUGUUACAGAAAUUUUUCAAUUAAAACUUUUUGAGUUAUAACCUCAGUACGUUACGUACGUUAAAACAGUUAUAACGGUUCGUUAUAUACAAAAUAAACAGUUCAACGCCGAUUGUAAUUUUGUUGUUUUUAUUUUUUCAAAUAGAAUGCCUCGACGAAUCCAAACACUUCCAAUGGUUCAUUCACUCGUUCCACAUGUAUACCUGACUGUCGAAAAUUGCUCGCAGUUUGCAUGAUGAGAAUUAACGGAAAAAUAAUAAUGUCGAUUAAGUCCUUCAGUAAUGUUUUUACUAGUACACGAAGAUGAUGCGACCUCAAACAGGGCCGCACCCAGCGAAAACGAAUUUCGCCCCGAGCCAAAUGCCGACGAAGGUGGCCGCAAUUUCUAAUUCAAAUACUGUCCGAAAGAAAAUAAAACAAAUUAGGUUGACAUAAUAUUCGGCCUGGCUCUGACCACCAACGUGAAAUUAUCCAUUAGUAAAUUACAUUAUAAUUUAGCGAGAAGCCACCGAACGCGACCUACUGGUGCAGCGAUCGACAGACAACUGGCGAAGUCUUGCCACACUCUCCUCCACGCAGGGAGUAGACGUCACAUGACCUCACCGACCAAUCACACGCACGCUUCAUUCACGCUUACAGAUACAAGCCAAUCAGAGAACAAGUUACAAUACAUGAAAAAAUCUUUUACAUACAGAACUCUGGGCUUCCCCUGAUCUCUCUCUUUUCAAUUUCACAUCGAAAUCGGGGACUUCCAUUCUCGUUCUCCCUCCCACACCGUGAGAGAGCAGUUAUCCCACAGUUCCCACGCAGGGUGGAAAUUACCGUCUUUAUCUCGGUUGGCGGGGAAACACUGUUCCUUUCUCACUCCCACUUACAGGCCUCUCAUGCCUCUCUUUCUAACCAUCACACCAGCCCAGACACAGUCCCGUGAUUUAUAAUUAUAUUACAACACGUUAAUAAAAAUUAAGAAUAAUAAUUAUAAUACGAAUUACUUUACAAAAUUAAAAUCAUUUAGAAAUAACCUGAAAAAGUAGGCCUAAACAGGUAAAAUUCUAGUACAACGGCUCAUUUGUGAAUAAAUACAUAAAAAAUAGUAAUGAUUAAAAGUGUCUAAUAAAAUACUAAAUACCUUCUUAAAAACAUAGCAAGUGAAAAAUAUCAACCUUAAAAUAUAUAACAAACGAUAAAAUAUCAUUAGAACGACUUUUUAAGAAAUAUUUACAUUCAUGAAAAAAGUUUAAAAGAAAAAUUAUUUAAUUAGGAGGGCAGGGUUCUGCAACAUUACACAGUAAACUACUUUAAGUAUCACAACAUCCCCUUAGGGAAUCAUUCAAACACAUGCAAGCAAACGAAAAAAAGCGUUUUGAAAUUUUAAAUUUUUUUCUUUCAGAAGAGUGGCUCCCCUUCAGAAUUACCAAGUGAUAUUUAAAAUGUUUGUACAUUAAUUUUUGCAACUUCAAGAGGCAGUAGUGUGAAUUACAUUAAUCUCAACUAAAACUGAUUUUAUUGCAACUAAGAUAUUUUAUCAAGUAUAUUUUACCUUCAAUAACUUUUUCACAACUAUUAAAUAAAUUAAAUUGCUUAGGUGUUGCAGUAAAGCUUUAAUUAGGCAGUGAGUGGUCAUGGGGUAAGUACUCUUAUCUCAGCUAGCAUGUUCUAAGAAUUCUGAUCUCAGGUAGCCAAGGCCAAUGUUGAAUUUUGCUUAGAGCAAUAACUUUUUUUUUACAGAGAUCAUGUGUGUUAGUAAAUUUUUUAUUUGAAAAAAAAAUUACUUAUUUAGGCACAAAAUAAUAGCUGGUGCCCCCGAUUGAAAUUUUGAACUAGGUUAAUUUACUACUGAGGUGAGUCUUUAAUGCUUUUAGUUAUAUGAAAUAUUUUGCUCUGUUAUAACAUACAUGUUUCUUGCAUUUUGUUUUGCCAGUUGCCUAUGUCUUGUGUUUAUGUUCUACCCUUAAAUUGAAUGUUGUAUUAUCUAUCGAAAACAAUGUCAGUCAGCUUAGAGUUCAAACGGCCACAAUGCUACAGUAGACUUUUGAUAGUUGCACCAGCAAGGAAUAUACGGACUUAAGUCAAAUUAGCAAACUUGCACACAUAAGUGGUAGUCGCAUAUCUGCCAACUCUUACGAUUUUCCCGUAGUGUACGAUAAUUGGCCCUAAUGUACUAUUGUACGAUCGUGUGUCUUUCUUACAGAUAAUCAUAAGGUUUGUUUGACUCGAGGUCUCUCGUGCUCCUCGGGAGUUGAAAGAGUUGGGAGCAAGUUGACCUGAGGGCAAAAAGAGUCGAUAACUUUUAAUACACGAAGAAAACGCUAUUUGUUGUAAACAAUGAUGGCGAAAAACAUAGCAGACAUCGUGAUGAGAAAUUUGUUUGAAAAUGAAGAUUCAUCUGAAGAUGAAGCUGCUAUUAAUUUACCAAAUAUUGGACUACAAAUUAUGAGAGAGCUUGAUGAAGACAUUCCAGCAGGGGUUCAAGGACUGCAAGAAAUUGUGGAGCUGUUGGAACGCAGAGAUAGAGUUGCGGUACCUCUCUACGUCGAACAAACUGUUCCAUUAUACAGUGAUGAGGAAUUUGUAUCUCACUUUCGCAUGAAGCGAGGUGUUGUCAAUGACCUCUCAGUUAGGUUUAGAAAUACUGAGAUUUUUCGUUCAUUGUUAGGGCAUGGUGGCUAUGAGCCUGUCACACCUGAAAAACAUGUUCUGGUAUUUUUGUGGUUUGUUGGUCAUCAGACAGCAUCGUACCGUGAUGUUGGUGACAGGUUUGAUUUAAGCAUCAGUUGCCUCCAUGAUGUUAUUACAAGAAUGAUAAAUUUCUUGUUGGAAUUGGCUCCUACAGUCAUCUGCUUCCCAACUGAGGCAGAGAAGCAGACAACGAAAAUGCACUACCUCACAACUAAAGGAUUGCCAGAUGUCCUGGGUUCUGUUGAUGGUACCCACAUUCGGAUUGACAAGCCUGCAGAAGACAAGGAUGCAUACAUAAACAGGAAACACUAUUUUUCAUUUCAAAUGCAGGGUGCAGUAAAUGAAAAGAAACAAUUUAUAGAUGUAUUUAUUGGGUACCCUGGCUCUGUUCAUGAUGCAAGAGUAUUUGCUAACUCAUCUCUUUCACGAGACAUGCAUACACUUUGCAGAGGUGGAGGUUACAUGUUAGGAGAUGCAGCAUACCCUUGCAUGCCCCAGCUGAUAACUCCAUAUAGAGACAAUGGGCACUUAACAGUUGCACAGCGACAGUUCAACAUGACGCACAGUUCCUGCAGGAUCAGUGUUGAACAUGCAUUUGGCAAACUUAAGCAACGUUUCAGGCAGCUGUACCAUCUAAAGUUGCAGGAUAUGAGGAGGAUGGUUCAACUGGUCCAUGCAUGUUGUGUUCUACACAACCUGGCUGAUCUAGAUGACCUCAACAUAUUUGAACCACCAGACGUUGAUGAUCUUCCAGACCCAGAAGCUCACCGGAUACUAGGGGUUGUAGAUCCUGCACCAGCAGCCGAUGAAGAUGGCAACCCUGACGACCUACCAACUGGUCAAAACUUGAGGGAUGAGUUGUGUCGGCAGUUGGUCGCAAGACGACACAAUUAACAGUACGGUAAAACCUGUCAUAUCAAAACGUGAUUUAUAAAUAGCUGGAGGGCCGGAAAUGAUUAACGUGUUUGUUGUUGAAUUUUUUUCUAGAGGUUCCUAUUGGUUUGGCAUUUGUAUUUGUAUAAAUAUCUAGAUGUGAAGUACACUACUGUAGGUACAGGUAUUAAAACAAAUUAUAGUUAACAAAAAAAACACGCUUUUAUAGCUAACCCAACUAAAAGGCAGGAAAUAAAUUUAAAAUAAAAUUUAAGUUAUCAAUCAAAUGAUUAAUUCUAUUUAAAAAAAAAAGCAUGGUGUGCUUGACAUUAAAUGUUACAAAUAAUUCAUUGGUAGCAGUUUGUAAGAGUUAUUACUAUUAUUAUUAGUUAGUAGUAAAAAUG